UGUGGUUUGUGGGCAGAAACACAACUUCUGCUGUGUAUGUGUAGAUGAAGGACACUUCACAUAAAAACUCAGACCUCAUGGACAUGUGAUCAACAGGUUGUGUUUUAAACCUGGGCGGACGGUAAAUGUUUUAAGUGCACUGAAGGAAAAUGCUCGUCAGUAAUCGGUUAUCUUUGAUUCUGCUCAUUUUCUGUGGUGUGUUUGGUGCGAAGACAGAUGAAAUCAAGACGAUAUCAGUGAAGACGGGAGAUUGUGUAGUAUUACAUACUGGUGUUCGUGAGAUUAACAGAGAAAAGCAGAUACUGUGGCUGUUUGGAGCUGAGGAUCCAGAUACUCUCAUUGCUGAAAUCUACAAGCUGAGCAUCUCUAUAUAUGACACUUAUGAGGGACUUAAAGACAGACUGCAGAUGGACCAGCAGACGGGAUCUCUCACCGUCAGAAACAUCACAACCAGUCACUCUGGACUUUAUAUGGCACAGAUUAUGAACUCAAUGACCACAUUUAAAAGAUUCAGUGUUAUGGUUUAUGGCCCUGUCUCGUUGCCUGUCAUUGAGAGCAGCUCACAGGUCAGCGAGUGUCUGAUAUCUGAUGGAGGGUUUUCUUCUGCAGUGAUGUGUUCAGCUGAGAAUGGACCAGAAGUCUCUCUGUCAUGGUUUAAAGGGAAGGAACGACUAAAUCAGACCAGCAGCCCUGACCUCAGCGUCACGCUGUCUCUCCCGCUGGAGAUAAAAGACAGAAAUAAUGACGUCUUUCAUUGUGUGGCUGCUAAUCCAGUCAGCAACAAGACGACACAAUUCAGCUUCCAGGAACACUGUCCACUAAAUACAGGUUAAGUUCAA